CUGAUGAAGUUUUAGCAGUACGACGCAUUUGUAACUGAAACCAAAGUCUUUGGGACAGCAGCUGUAGUCUACGAUUUAUAACGAGUCUGUCAAAUAUGUUGAUUGAGCCUAAAUUGACGAACACGUCGCCGAAUUUCGGCAAACCACCCGACAAACAGAAUGAGCUAUUGCAAUCUCUAGGUGUACCUCAUAUCGAAUCCUUCAAUUAUAUGCUGGAAGAUGGCCUUUUUCAUGGUUUAAAGGACAGUACGCCAGUGUAUUUAACUCUUCCUAAUGAUGACAAGGUAGUCCUCUGGCUGGACGAUGUACAUAUCUAUAAGCCCACAGUUCCUUCUAGCACAAUUGGUGUGAAAACGUAUAAAAUAUAUCCAGCAGAAUGUCGACAGAGAGGCAGCACUUACAAGGGCAAGAUAAUAGCGAGACUCGGGUGGUCUAUCAACGGUAAAGAGCAGGAGGCUCUUGAGAAGGAUUUGGGAGAAGUUCCAAUUAUGAUCAAGUCUAAUCGAUGUCACUUGAGCAGCAUGAGUCCCGAGGAAUUAGUCGCUCACGGUGAACACGAACAGGAAUGGGGUGGAUACUUCAUAAUCAGGGGCUUUGAGCGUCUUGUACGUAUGUUAAUUAUGACGAGACGAAACUAUCCUAUUGCUGUGAAGAGACCAACUUGGAAAGGUCGUGGGGAACAAUUCAGCGAAUUGGGUAUUCUCUUGAGGAGCGUUCGGGAGGACAACUCGUCCAUUAAUAAUACGCUGCACUAUGUGAUCGAUGGCUCUGCAAAAUUAGCAUUUACGUACAAGAAAGCUACGUACUAUGUGCCAUUAAUACUAAUGUUAAAAUGUUUGUUAGAUGUGACCGAUGUAUAUAUUUACAAAGCACUAAUCGCUGGAUGCGAGGACGAUCUUUAUUACAAUAACAGUAUCAUGAAUAUGUUGCGCGCGGUGCACGAGGAAGGUCUACACUGGCACGAGCAGUGUAAAGCGUACAUAGGAAAGAUGUUUAAAGUCAAAUUCUCCGAACUGCCUGCAGACGCGACUGAUAUAGAUGUUUGUGAUUACAUCAUUAAGCAUUGCGUCGCUAUUCAUCUUGACGAGCCUGCCGAUAAGUUUCAUUUAUUUGUAUUCAUGACCAAAAAACUGUUCGCCUUCGCGAACAACAAAUGCGCCAUCGAGGGUGCGGAUGCUGUGAUGAUGCAAGAGUGUUUACUAGGCGGACACUUGUAUCUGCAGGUUCUCAAAGAGAAACUGUGUUUGUGGCUGGUGGGGCUCAAACAUCAUAUUCUCAAACGUGCCAAGAGUGCCGGUAACAGGUACACCUUAAGCGUGCAGGAAAUGUUGAACGUUACUAAAUUUCGGAGCAACAUUGAUGCGCAAAUGGAGUACUUCUUAUCGACUGGAAGCGUAAGGUCGGCUACUGGUUUGGGCCUAAUGCAAACCACUGGUCUUACGAUUGUUGUGGAAAAUAUCAAUAGGAUGCGUUAUAUGAGCCAUUUUCGUGCGAUACACAGAGGCGCUUUCUUCCAAGAGAUGAGGACUACCGAAGCUAGACAACUGUUGCCUGAUGCAUGGGGAUUUAUCUGUCCGAUUCAUACACCGGACGGUGCUCCAUGCGGAUUGCUGAAUCACUUGACAUUGAAUUGUGUCGUGACAAAACAACCAGAUCCAAAAUUGAAAGCCGCAUUACCUGCAGUACUGGUAGACCUUGGAAUGGUUCCGUUAUCCAUCGCGGAUGAUUGGAAAAAUUCGUAUAACGUAAUGUUAGACGGGAAAUUAAUCGGACUGAUCGAGGACAAAAUUAUCAAUAAAGUAGUAUACAAGCUGAGAUUGCUUAAGAUAAAGGGCCAAGAAGUACCGUCAACAUUGGAGAUUGCACUGGUGCCAAAGAAAAAUGUUCCAGCCCAAUAUCCAGGAUUGUUCUUAUUCACUAACGCGGCUAGAAUGAUGAGACCGGUGAUAAAUUUAGCUACACAGAAGAUUGAACUUAUAGGAACGUUUGAGCAAAUUUACAUGGACAUUUGCGUGAACCCUCAAGAAGCAUAUGAAGGAUUAACGACUCAUCAAGAGGUAAGCCAGACAACAAUCUUUAGCAAUUUAGCUAAUCUCAUCCCGAUGCCGGAUUGUAAUCAAAGUCCAAGAAAUAUGUAUCAGUGUCAGAUGGGUAAGCAAACAAUGGGUACACCGUGUCACAAUUGGUAUCAGCAGUCACAAACGAAAAUGUACAGGCUGCAGACGCCCGCUGCGCCACUCUUUCGACCGGUACAUUAUGACAAUAUUAACAUGGAUGACUUCGCGAUGGGUACCAAUGCGAUAAUUGCUGUCAUUUCAUACACGGGUUACGAUAUGGAAGACGCGAUGGUCGUCAACAAGUCGUCGUACGAACGUGGCUUCGGACAUGGGACGAUUUACAAGUCCGAGUUUGUUGAUUUGAACGACAAGAAGAGUUAUUUCGUCCGCGAGCCAGAGAAACCCGACCUCGAGAGAACGCUAGAUGCCGACGGUUUGCCUAUGCCCAGAACUAUUAUUAAAGAGGGAGACGCGUACUAUUCCUAUUAUGAUGCUGAUAAUGCCCAGUACGUCGUUGGAAGAUACAAGGGUACGGAAACCGCUUAUAUCGACAACGUAAAGCUGUGCGGCACAUUGAACAAUCAAGAUCUCCGAAGGGCGUGCAUCACAUUCCGUAUUCCCAGGAACCCCACCGUUGGAGAUAAAUUCGCGUCACGAGCGGGACAAAAGGGAAUCCUGUCGCGGCUGUAUCCCAUCGAGGAUUUACCGUUCACGGAGACCGGGAUGGUUCCCGAUAUUAUAUUCAAUCCGCACGGUUUCCCGAGUCGUAUGACAAUCGCUAUGAUGAUCGAAGUAAUGGCCGGAAAAUCGGCGGCGGUGCAUGGACUGGUUCACGAUGCCACGCCCUUUAGGUUUGACGAAGACAACACGGCCGUGGACUACUUUGGGAAAUUAUUAAAACUUGGUGGCUACAAUUAUUACGGAACUGAAAGAAUGUAUUCGGGCAUUUAUGGAUGCGAGAUGACCGCCAGCAUCUUCUUUGGCAUUGUGCAUUAUCAGAGAUUGCGACACAUGGUCUCUGAUAAGUGGCAGGUGAGAAGUACCGGACCGAUUGACAUGCUAACAAGGCAACCCAUUAAAGGACGUCGACGCGGUGGUGGUAUUCGAUUCGGAGAGAUGGAACGAGACGCUCUGAUUUCUCAUGGCUGCUCGUACCUCCUUCAAGACCGUCUCUUUCAUUGCUCCGAUAAAAUAACAACUUUAGCAUGUAAAAAGUGCGGAUCACUACUUGGACCGGAAUUAACAGUGACAAAUAGGUGUGACGAGGACGAUAGAAGAUGUCGUCUAUGCGGCGAAGAAGAUACCGUAGACGAGGUUGAAAUACCGUAUAUCUUUAAAUUCCUUCUAAUACAACUGGCGUCCUGCAAUAUAAACAUCAAAUUGAAAUUUAAACGAGUUUAAACGACUGUGGGAAUGUGCGUAAUGUGCAUGUAUAUAUCGCGUGUACAGUUUUUUCUCAACAGAAUAAAAUUUUAUUUUCCUUUUCUAA